AUGACUCUCACCCUGGUAUCGCAGAGCAAGCACUUUGGAGGACUCCUCGCAAAGUACAGCCACGCCUCGGCCGUCAACCAAUGCACCAUGACCUUCAACAUCUUCCUCCCCAAGGCCGCCGCUGAGCACCAGACCAAAGUUCCCGUGCUUUACUGCUUGGGAGGAUUGACAGCGACAGAGGACAACUUUGCUCAGAAAGCCGGUGCUGCUUCCAGGGCUGCUCAGUAUGGACUCGCCUUGGUAUUCCCCGACACCUCUCCUCGCGGCGUUGAUUUCGCUGAGGCUGGUGCCAGCGAUGACAUCGGAUACAGCGCUGGAUUCUACUUGAACGCUACUCAGGCACCAUGGGACAAGAACUGGAAGAUGUACGACUACAUCUCCAAGGAGUUGCCCCAGGUCCUCUCUGCCAACCUCCCCAUCGGCGGCCACGGAGCCUUGACCAUCUUCCUCAAGAACCAAACCGCCUACAAGUCGGUCUCGGCAUUCGCACCUAUCCUGCACAUGUCAAAGUCGAACUGGGGCCGCUUCGCUCUGCCAAAGUACUUGGGCGAUGACCAGUCGACUUGGAAGGAAUAUGACUCUGUCGAGCUCUUCAAGCUCCACCAUGCCCAAAAGACCCUCCGCACUGACUUCAACGUCCUCAUCGACCAGGGCACGGGAGACAAGUUCUUGAAGGACAACUUGCACACUUCAGAUCUGAUCGAGUUUGUCGAAAAGGAAGGACUCGAGAAACAGUUCACGAUCCGCUACCAGGACGGAUACGACCACGGAUACUUCUUUAUCGCCACCUUUGCCAAUGACCACGUCGAUCACCAUGCCAAGGCUCUUGGUCUCACCCUUUCUCAUUAA